UCGUUAUUGGCGACUUCGGAGCUUCGAUUCACGCGAUUAACUUUGAUCAUUGGAGCAAAUGAAGGAGAAGAACGUCGUCUCCUGGAUGAUGUCGUCACCGAUAACUCAGAGAACGAGGAAUCGGUCGGGGUGGGGCUUUGUUCAUGGAAUCGUGGACGUGCGUAACCCGUUUGUUCGCUCGAUUCUUCAGUGAGAAAGCGCGCGUGGAAUGCUUUAGUCGUGUAGUAUCGUGUAUUCGUUUCAACGAGUGGUUCCAUGUGAAUGAGGUUGCCUUACUAUAUAAGUGUUUCUUUACAAAAAUAUGAAAUGACAGGAGAAAGAGAAAGAGAGAGUAUAGAGUAAAUAAAUAAGAAGGUGCACAGCGUGAUAAUAAAUAGAGAAGAUGAAAAUGGUACAAGUUUCAAGAUCAGUCGUGUUACUCGUUGUCCUCGUGCUGCAUCGAGCAAGAUCAGCAGAGGAUGACAUAACUACGAUAAUGGAAGCUGACGAUCUUCUUAUAAAUGAAAGCGACCCUUUAGAGAUUAAGUGCACCGGCCACGAAAGGAUUUCUUUCAUUUAUCCUCAAGACUCAAGAAAUGCGAUCGUCACUUCGCCAGUGCAUGCACAAGAACACAUCAAGCACGGAAUUUAUAUGUACAUGUUCCAGCGACGUGAAACUGUUCAUGGAGAUACAGGGUUAUAUGGUUGCCCUGGAAAUGUUUUACAAGUUACCUCACAUCCUAACUUUAAAACAUCUAAAAGCAUGGUAUAUGUUUACGUUCAGUCGACUACAAAUGUGUUCGUAGAAGCGAAUACCUUUGCUUCACUACAUGCAGCAGUCGGUGGGUCUGCCGUAAUACCAUGCAGACCAACGUCACCCAAUUUCACAGUCCAAGUCUUCUUAAACGAGGCGCCCCAGGAGCAAAUAAAUUUCAAUCCGAGAAUUGGUCUCACAUUGACAAAUAUCACGUUAAAAGACAGUGGAUACUUUAAAUGCGUAAUAGACCAAGUAGAUGAGGUCCAUGAAAUCACAUAUUUCUUCUUAGUGCAGCUUAAGCCAGAAUUGCUUGCUCCAGUAAUUAUAGAAGACACUUUGCGUCACGUAACACGAGGACAAACUCUACAUGUAAAUUGCACGACAACUGUUGCAGCAGACUUGACUUAUGGUUUAAUUUGGAAUACACCACAAGCGAGCAGCAGGAUAAAUACUACUAGUUAUACUAAAAAGUCUGGUCCAGUUGCGCGCACAACCACCGAAUUGAUCAUAAAAGAUGUUAGGGAUGAGGACGAAGGGUGGUAUGAAUGCAUUAUCAAAUCCUUUUAUGACUUUAACAAAACGAGAAAGUACAUCAAGGUUCAUGAUCCAGAAAACAAGUUUAUCAACCUAACAGCGCAGGAUGCGAACAGACAUUAUCAACGUCGAGAAGGUGAUAGUGUACAAUGGGUGGUACACGUGCAUGCCUAUCCAGAACCUACUCUUAAAUGGUUAAAUACAAAAGGAGAAGAGAUCAUAGGGGCUUCGCAUGACUCAGAUAGACCGAAGUACGUAAUAAAAUUGACACCUAACCAUACAAUUCUGAAGAUUAACCAUUUAAAUAUCGAAGAUAUGGGAGAAUAUUCUCUUCAGGCUGUCAACCAAGAUAAAUUCGAAAUGCUGAAUUUUACGCUCGACGUAAUAGUGAAACCAGUGCCAAUGUUGAAGGUAGAGCCUUAUUAUGCUCCUAAUCAGACGGUAGAAAUUUCCUGUGAUGUGGCAACCUAUCCAGCACCAAACAUUACGUGGAGUUACAUGAGAUGUCCUUAUUAUCCUUCUUAUGAAGAUGCGAGCACCAUAGAAUUACAAAAUAAAACGGAAAGCGGAAUGAAUACGAGGUUUCGCUCAACUGUGAGGGUCACUAUUGAAAUGAGCGGCCAUCUUACUUGCACCGCGUGUAACCUUAUUGGAUGCGAGUCUCAAGUUGAAACUAUAUUGGUUUCCGAUGGAAGGGGUGGUUUCGGCAUAAUAAAUCCGACAGAUCCAGUGGUUGAAGGUGACGAUCUAGAACUGAUUUGUGCCGCUUCUAUUUACAAUUACACGGAUAAUUUCGAAUGGAAAUACUCGGAUGACAUUCCCAUUGAGCCAAAUAUUAAGACAACGAUCAGACGAGCCAAAACUCGAUUUACUUAUCGUUCCAUUUUGAAAAUAAAAAAUGUAACAAAAGAUGACUCAAUGAUGUACACAUGUCGUAAUAAAGAGGAAAUGGCCUACAUUCUUCAAGUGCACGACGCAGUAUCACCUUACAUAAUAGAAACUAAUUUAAAUGAAACUGGAAUUAUAGUCGAUGUUAGCGCCCAAGGUCACAACGAAUUAGUACUGUACUGCUUUGUAGAUGGAAUGCCUAAACCAUUAGUCACUUGGUAUAGAGACGAUGUACCAUUAAAAAUAGGCGAGCAAUUCAUGUGCAUCCGUGACUACCAAGAGUUGCAUAUUAAUUAUCUUCAGGAUAAUGACAGUGGGGUGUACGCGUGUAAAGCAAAGAGUCGAUUGGGAUUAGUCCAGUCCUCCAUAACAAUAACAGUGAAAGGGAAAGAACUUCCUAUGGAGUUGAUCGUGCUUAUCUUUGUUUUAUUGAUCACAGUGGUGACUCUGUUAACCUACUUCACAAUCAAAAUUCGUCGUGAAAAGAUCAUGAGAAAGGAAUUAAUGGAAUCAGGAUUGAUGCAUUUCGAAGAAGGAGCAGUAGAAUGUUUAAAUCCAGAGUUAACAGUAGACGAUCAAGCAGAAUUGCUUCCUUACGACAAGAAAUGGGAAUUUCCUCGGGAAAAAUUGAAAUUAGGAAAACAAUUAGGAAGCGGAGCUUUUGGCGUUGUUAUGAAAGCGGAAGCAGAAGGAAUUUGCGAGAACGAACCGAUAACGACUGUGGCUGUAAAAAUGGUUCGGCGAACAACAGUUCCAACUUGUGUUCGUGCGCUUGCCAGUGAGUUGAAAAUUAUGGUGCACCUUGGAAAGCACUUGAACGUCGUUAAUCUUCUCGGUGCUUGCACGAAAAACAUUUCUAAACGUGAAUUAUUAGUGAUCGUAGAAUAUUGCCGAUUUGGAAAUUUGCACAAUUAUUUGCUGCGACACAGGGCUGAUUUCAUCAACCAAAUUGACCCUGCAACUGACAAAUUCGAUCCUACUAUCGGUUUAGAUCUUUUAACUAGAUCUGUUAGUGUUAGCAGCAACAACAGGAUAAAAUACGUGGCAUUGUCAUUUUCUCGCAGUCGUAGCGAAGAUUCAGCCACCGAAUCGGCAACAUGUCAAACCUCUACUACGGAUUCUCAAGGAAUUAGUAUGUCGCCAGAUGGCUGUGUUCUUAGUAAUAAUUCCUCUCAACCGGGAUGGAGAUCUAAUUAUCGCGGUGAUUACAAAGAUCACAAUUUGAAGCCAAUCUGCACGCAGGAUUUGUUAUCCUGGGCGUUCCAAGUAGCGCGAGGAAUGGAAUAUCUUAGCCAAAGAAAGGUGUUACACGGUGAUUUAGCCGCGAGAAAUAUCUUAUUAGCCGAAAACAACGUAGUGAAAAUCUGUGAUUUCGGCCUAGCAAAAACUAUGUACAAGGAUAAUAAUUAUAAAAAGAAAGGAGGUGGACUGUUACCUAUAAAAUGGAUGGCCAUUGAAUCGAUUAGAGAUCGAGUUUUCUCAACGCAAUCGGAUAUCUGGUCAUUUGGUAUAGUUCUAUGGGAGUUCUUUACAUUGGCUAAGACACCUUAUCCCGGAAUGGAAGCUGAGAAACAAUAUCAGAAACUGAUUGAGGGAUACAGACUGGAGCAACCGGAAUAUGCUACUUGUGAAAUAUAUGACAUAAUGCUGCAAUGUUGGAAAGCCAAGCCUACCCUACGUCCGAGUUUCACAGAAUUGGUACAGGGUAUUGGCGAAUUAUUAGAAGAAAGCGUAAAAGCGCAUUACAUCAGUCUAAACGAUCCUUACAUGGACAUGAACACGACGCUGCUGGAAGGUGGUCGGAGCGACUAUCUAACUAUGCUCUCCGCACCUGAUCACGCAGCACUCUCUUCUCCCAUCCACGAUUAUUCAAAUUUGCCCGCGUCAAACACAACGUACCUGUGCAUGAGUCCCACUAGCCAGAGUGGGUACGAUUCAGAAAUAUUCAGUCCUAGACCUAAUCAAGAGAGAACGCACUUUAAAUUUCCGGUCACUACCGAUUCAGAAGACGCUGUAGAAUUGUCACCAAUGUUAAAGAAACUAGAAGAAGAGGAUCCUUAUCUGAAACCAAUUAACGUACAUGCGCGGCGAGCAGAGUUCGUCCGACAGCAAGAGACAAUGAAGAAUCAACCAAUAGAUCAUCAACCCAUCAAUAGAGAUUUCGCAUAUUGUAAUACUCCACGAAAUGUUCAGUUGAUAGAUUUAAACGAGAAAAAUGAAAAGAAUGAGAAGGAUUCUGACGACAUUGAAAUAUUAAAUAAUGGAAACACGUUAUCAAAGAAGGAUUUCAUACCAGCCAUCAUUAGGACACAGGGCAAUUACGUAAACAUGCCGAAGCAGAAGAAUGACUUAAGGCGGGCUUUCAUGGAUAGACAUGUGGAUAUGGAUAUGGUAAAUGGAGGAAAUGAACAAUAAUACAUCUUUUUACUGUCUCCUCCCGAUAGGAUCUGAAACACUUUGUAGUAAUUAGAAUCUGUAUACAGUGGCUACAAAAAGUAUUUAUACACUACUGUACAUAUUUAUCAUAGCAUUCACAUAUUAAUUAGUUAGGCCCAAAUAUAUAAAAUUUUGUAUCAUUUAAUAGUACAUAUGCACUUUUAUGUGAUUGUAAAAAUUUAAUAAUAUGAAAAUGAAAUGUAUAGGACUUGAUUUAAAAAGUGCUUCAUUGGGUAUGUAAGGGUAUGUGCAAAUACUUUUUUUGUAGCCAAUAAAUGUGGCAAGAAAAUUAAAUCACUUUGGACAUGAUUUAAAUCUUAAACUGUGUCCUUGUUGAAACAACAAAGAGAAGUUCUGUUGCCUGUUGUUGCUGCAUGUUCCAAACAGUAUUCAGUAAAUAUCAACUUGUAGAAACAUUUUGUUUACACUGAAGCAACAUAAUUAGAGGAGUAUAUAAGUUUUAGUUUCAAAGAGAAAUUUACUUCUAGUUGUUCACAUACAAAUAUGUCAUAAAACAAUUGAAAAAGUGUAUAUACUAAAUGAACAUUUCUUUCUGUUGUAAAGUACUGCUGUAUAUUGAUUAUCUUUUCUCUUUUUUUAUUUUUACCAUUUCAGACAAAAACAGACAAUAAGCAGUAGCUUUUGUUACUGGCAACUGUGGUCAGUAAUCAUAUUCAUUAUUAGGAGAUUUGAAAAGUAUUGGUUAAUGUGUUAAAGCAAUUGCUUAGCAAGCGAAUAAUCAAGGUUCAGAACAAUGGGCAACAACAAUUAGUAACUUUUUCAAGAAAAAUAAAAUAUGAAAAUCCUUCACUGUUGCUUCAGUUUUAAUCAGUCUUGUUUGAAGGCCUUGAAAAUUUUGGUAGUAUAUGAAAGUCUUAAGAAUAUCUACUGAUAAACCUACUGGUUUACAGACCUUGAGCAAUAUUCUAUUGAAUAUUUCAAGCACUUUGAUUUACUAUUGUCUAAGUGAUACAUUGACAUAAGAUACUAACUCAUUAUGGGCCAAUAUUGCAUUAAAGCACCAUUAAAGAUUGUUUAAUUAGUUUACAUUAUUGAAUUCUUCUUAUUAACAUAGCAAGUACUAAAGAGAAUCAAACGACUUGUUUAAUAUUCUUUUGAUACUACUUCUUCUUCAUAAAGUAGAUUCCAUAGUUUUAUGAAAUUUAAAGAAUCAAGAUUGAAAAUUCAGGACUUAUCAAUACUUAUCAGAAUUUUAAGCUUUGGAUUGUGUUCAAAAUGAUUUGAAUCUUCAUAGUUUUUUAAAACUUUGAAUAGCUUCAAAGUUAAGAAUCGGGUAACCAUCACUACUGUUUGCUAUUAAUAUGCAUGAGGGUGAGCUCUUACGUGUCAUGAGCGUGUAUAUGUGAUUAAACAAGAUCGAUUUUAAAUGUCACUUUUUGCAUUUGUGCAUGUUGCUCCAUCUUUAAUGUACCAUGACGAAAAUCAUUUAAAAUGAUUUGACGAACGAGAUAAAGAACAUAUGUAUGUUAUAUAAUAUAUAUGAUUGAUCCUUUUAACGAGCUUUUGAACAUCCAUAAAAAAAUUUCAUUAAUAUGAGCAAUACUACAUGAUAACCUUUCGGAAAAGAGACAUAUUUGACAAAAAUGACAGAAAAUAAAAUUGUAAAGAAUUAAGGAUACAUAAUUAUUCGUUUUUCAAAACUAAACAUUCUGAUAUUAUUAUCUGAUACAGGAAUAAAAAAAUAAAAUAUUUUAAUUUUUUAUGUUAAUUUUAAGGCUACUUGAGGUAAUAAAACAAAAAAAGGGGAUGAACUUACAGAAAAGUUCUAUCCUCUCUAGUUUCAAUAAUUUUAGAAUAUGUUAUAGAAAUCAACAUUUUGGAUAACUUUUUCGUAUACAUAUAACCAACGGUUUCGCUUAGUUUCCGAAACAUUUGUAAAAAACUAUCUACAUCACUAUAGUGAAGUUUGUCUAUAGUUGUGUGUCUAUUACCGCUUAUGCGUCAGUAUUUUAUAAACGAAGGUCAGUCGAAGCUUAAAGGCCUCGUGCACAGUUGGAUAUGGGAGACUCCAAAAAAUAUCUGUUGUAACUUAUAACUCAAUUAAAAGCGAACAUCAUCAAUAUAUUGAGUUUAGGCGUCAGUUCGACUUUUGUAUCCGGCAGUUACAAGGCGGCCAGGAACACUUUUAUUAUAACCGACAUUGCUUGGAGUCUCACAUGUCUAAUUGUAGAUAGGAAAAUUGUAUAUAGGAAAAAAUUGUGCAAAAUCUUGAUUUUUAUAACAUAUUCCAAAAUCAUCGAAAUUGGAGAGGAUGAAACAUUUCUACAAGUUUACUACUUUUUAAUACCUGUUUAAAAAAUACAUCUCAUACGAAUCGAAUCCUAUUUCGAAACUAACAGAAGAAAUUAAAAUUUAAAAAAUACGUUAUUAGUAUGCAUUUAAUCAUAAAUUACCGUUUCUAAUAUGAUUUAAGCAUUAGUCGUAAUCAGAUAUCGUACACUUUGAAGGAUUUGGAAACAAUUCCCUAAUUUUUCUACGUCUUUUUAUAUUAAUGUUCAAUUAAUGUUUAAUAUUCUUACGAAAUCUAUAAUUUGAUUUUAAACGAUUUUAUUCAAGUUUAUGUUUUAUACGUUAAAUAGGCAGUAGAAUGUUAGCAUCUCUUCCAAAUGAAGACUAUCAGGAGAAAAAUAUGUAUACUUUGUACUUCUUCAUAAAAGAGCAAUUUUACGAUUUUAUAUAUCAUUCACUGUAA